AUGGGUGAUCAAAUAUCGAGUAAUGAUAAAGAAAGUGAUAAUAGCAGCGUUUGUGAAAAAGGAUCAAAAAUUGAAAUUGCAAGUAAUUCUUCAGAAUAUGAGAGAAAUGAAAGUUCCGCAACUCCUUCAAGAAACUCCGUCGAUCAAAGUAUUCUCAUAAAUCCCCCAUUUCCACCAAAUGUCGACCCGAGAUCUUUGGCGAUUGACCUCUUGAAUAACAAGAAAACGUCCAAGAAAUUGUUAAAUGAAUUUUUCAUUUAUCGUAAGGAAUUCGUUCGAGAACUUAAAAGACAAAAUCUUCGUCCGAGACAAACCAAGGUAUCCACAUUAGCAUCUACUUCUUGGCACAGACAACCACCUAAUGUUAAAAAUGAAUACAGGAGAUUGGCACGAGAAACGGAUAGAUUUUUAAUUUUGGCUCGUUCGAAAAAUAGUAAAUCGACAAAGACGGAAUCUAGUGAAUCAAGUUACACAUCUCCGGAUUCUGCACCUGAUUUUAUUUCCGUCGCAUCUUCAUCUGCCUUAUCUGUAUCCAAUCCGGACAAUCUCCAAUUAUCCGCCGCAUCGCAAAUGUCGCAUCAUUUGCUUCGAAUGUCUGAUGCCUUAAACCCUUCGGUAUUACAAACAGGCGAGAGAUCUAUUCAGCUAGAUAACUUUCGGUCGACUUUUGAAGAGUUUUCUCUAUAUGGUCAAGGUAACACGAUGUCUGAAGGAUUCGAAAAUUUAGGAAAUAAUGUUAUGAACUUUGGCAACCUUAAUACUUUAGAACAUCAAAAUUUCUUACCCCUGAGAACAUCGGAACCCUAUGACUAUAGGAAUACUAUGUCAUAUCAUCCGCAACGACAAAGUUAUACGGAAUUUCUUGAACCAUCUUGGUCAACUCUAGAUGAUAACCUCUCUCAAUUUACCAACAUAACUCCCGUCAAUCGAGUCGCACCCGUUAGGUCAUCCGAACAACAUGAUUAUUCUAAUCCGUCUUUGAGCCCUUAUCAAAGUCAAUACGUUGAGAAUAUUGACACAUCCAUGUCAACCUUAAAUUCGGAAGUCGAACAAAUAUCAAUAGUACCUUCUCAAAGGUAUCUUAAUCGUGACGCACCAUCGUCUCAAGGAACUAACAACGACACGUCAGCUUCUUCUUCUGGUCAGUCGACCAUCGUUCCUUGGGAAAUUUUGCGAAGGAUGCCUCCCCCAUCUUAA